AUGAAGACCGACCAAAUCAUCAUCGCCAGCACGUUGCUGGUUUCCCACGCACUGAUGGUGGCUUCAGCCCCGCCGCCGACGACGACGGCGACGACGACGACGACGACCAUGUUAGACCCGUCGUUCAACAUUACGAAGUGUGCGGCAGGAAGCCUCGUCACCGCUCUUCCUAGCUGCGACUACUUCAAUGGUCGUCUCAACUCGUGUCCGGAUCUCCCUACCGUCGAGCAGCGGAGGGCAUGUCUCUGCAACCAGGAUUUCUUCAAUUCCAUGUUCGAAUGUGAGAGCGAGCUGCGGCUUUGCUUCCUCGCCAAGAACCUAGACAGCACCAUUGAAAACGCCGUCGAGGAGUGGCACCAGGCCUGCGACAAGUAUGCCGCCGUCACCCUGACGACGCCGCCCGUCAGCACCAUCGCUUCCACAAUGCAGCGCAAUGACGACUUCUGCUUGACCGACGUCGUGUCGGCGUGCCAGUCUGCCCUCAUCGGGCUCUCCAGAUGCAGCAACAGCAUGCACGACGCCACUCAGUUCAGCUCGUGCACCUGCCAGCCGCAGCUCCUCUCCAACGCCUACACGUGCGAGUACCUGCAGACCGUGUCGUGUAUGCACGCCAGCAACUUUGCCGUGUCCGACAUGGUCUUUUACUCGCUGUGCGACAACUUUGCGUCCGUGAUCGGCACGGGACUUGUGCCCGGCACCGACGCGAUCAACAGUCCAGUUCUCUACCUCGCCUACUCCAAGCCCCUCUCCGACUAUCACCGAGCCAACGCCUACCGCAACGACCAACUUCCCGGCAACGACCAACCUCCCGACAACGACAACAGCUAA